CGCACUUCGUGGGAGCAGAGGCGAGGAGCUGCCACUGAGGGGUCCUGCAGCAACUGGGAAAGGCUCGGCAUUGCCAGGAUGCUUCUGCUGCUUUCUCUGCUCACUGGACUCGCCCUGUCUGCCUCUGGCGUCGUGGCAGAAGAAGAAACUGACCCAAGCAGAGAGACCCUUCAAGACAUACAGAAAAAAGUGAACGACCUCUGGCAGAAUUUGCUCUACCCACUAAUGGCCGGCAAUGAGACCGACGGGAUGACUUACGCCACUUGCGAGAUGAAGCCCAGCUCCAAAAUAGAUGCCGACAAGCCACAAGUGACUGGUCAGGUCUUAUUCAGACAGCAUUACUCACAGGGAAAACUAGAAGCCAUUUUUCACUUGGACGGGUUUCCACAGGAUAACACCCAGUCCGGCAGAGCAAUUCACAUCCACGAGCUUGGGGAUCUCAGCCGCGGCUGCGAUUCCACCGGAGGACACUACAACCCCUUUGGCGUCAAUCACCCCCGCCACCCCGGGGAUUUUGGGAACUUCUCUCCCAAAGAUGGCAAAAUCAGAAAAUACAAACCCCAUCUCUUUGCCACUUUGUUCGGUCCCUACUCCAUCCUGGGCAGAUCCAUCGUGAUCCACGAGCAGGAAGACGACAUGGGCAAGGGCAACAACAAGGCCAGUCUGGAAAAUGGAAACGCUGGCAAACGCCUGGCUUGCUGCGUGAUUGGGGUGUGCAACGGGAACUUGUGGGAAGAGAAACAGUUUGAGGCCACGGACAAGAAGAAGAGAUGGCUUAGAAACAGGCCUUAAUGAAGGGCAGAACAUCACUGGGCAGCACAAAGCACCUUGGGCUGUGCCAUCGGCCACCGUGACACAUGGCAAAGGGAUUCCCACUUCCAUUCUCUUGCUUCUCUAGCAAACGUGUAUCUCUUUGUAGAGCUGCCUUUCUGUAAGCUGAUCAAUAAAAGCAGCAUCAACUCAA